AGCAUAUCAAAUUUCACGUCAGUGUUAACUUCCAAUGACUGUUUGAAGCUAAACUAAUAAAGUGGCUUCACCAUACACUACUUAAAUUAGCUUAUUUGUUAUGGAUCCUGAGGACCUUGAAGAACAAUUACUCUGCUAUGCUAAAGAGGGCAGGCGCUCCCAGGUUCAGAAUCUUCUUCAUUUGAGGAUUGAGAAGGAGCUCAGCUUGGACAUCAACUGCAGAAGUAAGACUAGUGCCACUGUUGGUUGGACACCGCUACAUCUAGCAUGUUAUUUUGGACACAAGAAUGUUGUGGAGGGAUUGCUCAAGGCUGGUGCUCAUGUGAACUUGCAGAACAACACAGGCAAUACACCCCUUCAUGAAGCUGCCUUGACAGGAAGAAAGGAAGUCGUUCUCCUGCUGCUACGAUACGAUGCCUGCGCCAAUAUCAUCAAUGGCACUGCCCAGAUCCCCAAAGAUGUCACCGAGGAUGAUGAAAUCAUUACCAUGCUAGAGGCGGCAGAAAGAAGAGAGGAGAGGAGGCUGGAGGAGAGGCUCCUGGAGGCGGCCAGGGAGGGAGACGUAGCCACGCUGUCUCAGCUGCUCAGCAGGAGGCAGCCUCCCCACAUCCAGUGCCGAGACCCAGUGGGAAACACGCCAUUACACUGUGCAGCCUACAGGGGGCAUAAGCAGUGUGUGGUAAAGCUGCUCAAGUGUGGAGCCAGCCCCAGCCUCAAGAACAAGGCGGGCCAGACUCCCUCUGACCUGACCUGCAUCGAUGACAUAAGGCUGGUCCUAGCAGGUGUUCAUGACAAGGAAAUAGCCAGUGGGGUGCGGACGUUUGAAGGCUUCCUUUGGAAGAGUUCACGCUUUCUGGGCUGGCGCACCUUUUGGGUGGUGCUGAAGAACGGGGUGCUGUCCUGGUACCCCCGACAGACAGAUGCAGUACUGGGUUCUCGGAGGCAGGGCUGCAAGGCUCUGACUCAGUCCUAUUGCAUGGUCAAAGCUGGGGACAAGUGCUUCUUCACCCUAAGGUGCCUCGAUGACACUGUGCUUAACUUUAAAGUUUCUUCGAAAACAGACCCAGAGUCUGCAAGAAAAAAAUGGCUGGAGGCGUUGGAGAAGCAUGCUGCCUACAGCACCCAACACUGGACUCGUCAGCCAGCCACUGACGAGGAGGGGGAUGAAGAUGACAUGUCUCUGAAAGAUCUGGUUCUUUCUCUCCAGGUGGCUGAGGAUGCCCAGCACAAACUGGAGACGCACGUGUCUAUUUUUAUGGCCAUGGUGAAGAACGAGGAGAGUGAUGCUCUAGCUGCUCCUCUCCUUCUGAAGGCCAGGGAGACCAGUGAGCUCUCUAGAGAGACCUGUGCAUCCCUUCGCCUCUGUCUGGGCCUGCUCUCCAAACAGGAGGAGGUGUGGAGUCUGAAGUUGGAGCAGGAGGUGGAGAAGAACAAGGCUCUCUGUGAAUCUCUGCAGACCCUGGGCACAGACGAUCACCAGCUGGAGCAGUCUGUGUGUCCAAGCCGGAAGCCCCCCAUCCUUACCACCCGCACAGAUGAUGACUUCUACGAUGCUCUGUCAGAAUCGGGUUCGGACGUCUCUGUGAGCGACUUCCUGUCCGUGAGCAGCCAGGCCUUCGAGGAGGGGAGCGAGCCCCCCCCGUUCAGCAGCCUCCGCCGCCGUCCCAGCACCCCCGGGGGCACCGCCGACAUGUCUGGGGAGGGGAACCAUGGCGACAAGGCCCAGUGCAACGGAGUCAAGGAGCACAGAACCUUCCUGCCCGCCUCCAUGUUCUCCAGGAACGACGUCAGCAUCUGGAGCAUCCUGAAGAAGUGCAUCGGCAUGGAGUUGUCUAAGAUAGCCAUGCCUGUUAUCUUCAACGAGCCCCUCAGCUUCCUGCAGCGUCUGACAGAGUACAUGGAGCACACAUACCUCAUCCACCAGGCCAACGCUGCCUCCGACUCAGUACAGAGGAUGAAGUGUGUAGCAGCGUUUGCUGUGUCUGCCGUAGCCUCACAGUGGGAGAGGACAGGAAAGCCCUUCAACCCACUACUGGGAGAGACCUACGAACUAAUCAGAGAGGACCUGGGUUUCCGCUGGAUGUCGGAGCAGGUGAGUCAUCACCCCCCGGUCAGCGCCUUCCACGCCGAGGGCCUGAAGGAGGACUUCCUGUUCCACGGCUCCAUCUACCCCAAACUCAAGUUCUGGGGCAAGAGCGUGGAGGCCGAGCCCAAGGGGGUGAUCACCCUGGAGCUGCCUAAACAUGGUGAAGCUUACACCUGGACCAACCCUACCUGCUGUGUCCACAACAUCAUAGUGGGUCAGCUGUGGAUAGAGCAGUAUGGCAACGUGGAAGUCAUCAAUCACAAGACCGGGGAACGCUGCAGCCUGACAUUCAGACCUUGCGGCCUUUUUGGCAAAGAGCUGCACAAAGUGGAGGGCUACAUUCUGGAUAAAAGCAAAAAAAAGCUGUGUGCCAUAUAUGGCAAAUGGACUGAAUGUUUAUACACAGUAGACCCGGCCACUUUUGAUGCCUACAAGAAGGCUGACAAGAAGAAUGCAGAGGAGAAGAAAAGCAACACCAAGGACGAGGAGCCAGAGGAGAUGCCCCUGCCGGAUGCUGAGACAGUCCAGCUCAUCCCUGGGAGCGAGCUCAUCUGGAGGAUAUCUCCCCGGCCAGAGAACUCCGCUGAGUUCUACGCCUUUUCCACGUUUGCCAUGCAGCUGAACGAGCUGGAGAAGGACAUGGAGGGGGUCAUCCCUUCCACAGACUGCCGCCUGCGGCCAGACAUACGCGCCAUGGAGAACGGAGACAUCGAUGCUGCGAGUGCAGAGAAAAAGAGAGUGGAGGAGAAACAACGGGUGGCCAGGAAAAACCGCUCCAAGUCCAACGACGAAUGGAAAACGAGGAACCCAGCACUUGGCCCCAGGUGGUUCCAGCAGGGUCCUAACCCCCACAACAAGGCUCAGGAUUGGCUCUACUCCAAAGGCUACUGGGAUAGGAACUACUCCCAGCUCCCCGAUAUUUACUGACCUCCAACAUGCUCUGUUCCCAACGUCAUCCAAACCUCUCUCUCUCUGUCUCUCUCUGUCUCUCUCUCUCUCUCUGUCUCUCUAUCCCUCUCCCUCUCUCUCUCUCUGUCUCUCUCUCCCUCUCUCUCUCUCUCUGCUGUUUCCAUGGACCACACCUGCUAGAACUUCAGAUGGCGUACCUUUGCUUCAAAUGUUUCAUUGAAGGGGGGAGAGGAAUGUUCUAAUAGAUGGGAUGGAACCGGCCUUAAGAUGGACAAUAUUGUCCUCAACAGGAUCAAUGGCUGUUGAGCUUGGCUAAGUGAAGCUGAUCACCAACCAUUCAGCUGCUACCAAACAGCCUGUGUCAUACUCGAAGCACAAUAUUGAAGUACACCAUGCGCUUGUUUGUAAAAAGCAAAGACUUCUAAUAUAGAAAGUAGAUUAUUAGAAAGUAGUAUUAAUCAGAAAUUAAUAUAAUAUUAUAUAUAUAUAUAUAAUGUAAUAUAUAAUUAAUAUUUUAUUCUACAGUACAGUUUGAGAUGGAGUGUUUUAACUUGAAUGUGCAUAAUCACGUUUUUGAAUGAAAACCACUUCAUCUCAGCCCCUUCUAAUGCAUCAUGUGCUGCACCGUCUCUUAGGCACGCGCAGGAACGCCAUCUGGCAUCCUAAAAGCAUAGAGCUUUCUGCUAAGUGUUUGAACUACUUCAUAGAUAUUUAUUUACUGUAUUGGCUGAGGAAAACACAGGACUGUUCAGCUGCCUCAGUCUCAGUAUCCAGUUCUGAGGCAUUGACAUGUUUUUGUACAUUAACAGAGCUGUUUUAUUCCUUUCUGAUACAAUGCAGUGUAGUAAUGAUUAAAAUAAGCAAUUUGCUGUCUCUAGAGGACUGUAUUGUACCAAAAAGUCUGGCUUUUGCUUCCACGAGCAGUUCAGAUGACUAGAUUGUGGUUGACACUCGGCUCAAUAAUUAAUAUGAUAUGCAUUUUUGUGUGUGUAAAAAAGUUCCUCUCUAUAGUUAGGUAAUUUUUGGCUAUUCUGAGAAGUAGAUACUGUACUGCAGAGUUGUUUGAACCACUGUAUGUAGCACCCACUGAUUACACACACUCCACCACUCUUGACUAUGCAAGCCAUCAGAUGCACCCUUAAACACU